AUGGCGCGAGGAUUGAAGAAGCAUCUGAAGAGGCUCAAUGCCCCGAAGCAUUGGAUGCUUGACAAACUUGGUGGUGCAUUUGCUCCCAAGCCUUCGUCUGGACCUCACAAAUCCAGGGAAUGCCUGCCAUUGGUCAUCAUCUUAAGAAACCGAUUGAAAUAUGCUCUAACAUACCGUGAGGUCAUUUCCAUUUUGAUGCAACGACAUGUUCUGGUUGAUGGGAAAGUUAGGACUGAUAAGACCUAUCCUUCUGGUUUUAUGGAUGUUGUUUCAAUCCCCAAAACAAACGAAAACUUCCGUCUCCUCUAUGACACCAAGGGUCGGUUCCGUCUCCAUUCAAUCAGGGAUGAAGAGGCAAAGUUCAAGCUUUGCAAGGUCCGGUCUGUGCAGUUUGGACAAAAAGGUAUCCCAUAUAUUAACACCUAUGAUGGGAGAACAAUCCGUUACCCAGACCCUCUCAUCAAGGCUAAUGACACCAUUAAGCUGGACUUGGAGACCAACAAGAUCACCGACUUCAUCAAGUUCGAUGUUGGUAAUGUCGUCAUGGUGACUGGUGGAAGGAAUAGAGGCCGUGUUGGAGUAAUCAAGAACAGGGAGAAGCAUAAGGGAAGCUUUGAGACAAUCCAUGUCCAGGAUGCAAGUGGACAUGAAUUUGCCACUCGGUUGGGCAAUGUGUUCACAAUAGGCAAGGGGACCAAGCCAUGGGUAAGCCUUCCCAAGGGUAAGGGUAUUAAGCUCACCAUUAUUGAAGAGGCCAAGAAGAGGCAAGCAGCCCAAGCCGCAGCCACGGCUUAA